CCCACAUCGCCAACAGAUCAACCGAUCAACAGCAUUUAAUCGAUCUACAUAUUGUAAACAGCUUUGCCAGCUUACAAACACCAAAUACAAACGCCCGUAGUCAUGUGAAGUAUGGACAACAAUAUAUCUCUUUGUCGUAAGGCUUGCCUCCGGGUUUCCUUUAUUCUUUCUUUUACGGUUCGUACCCGUAUCACGGCUCACUUGCUCUCUCUCUCUCAGCCCGACGGCAUUUCUUUCUCCUUUGCCACAAGAUUGGAAACCCCCUCGGGAAGCUGUAUUGUUCUACGGCUUGGCGCAACGCAAUGACAAUUACUAUAAUAAACUUCUUCCUUUGAUUCCUCUGUUUGUCCCCCCACCCCCCCAUCAUGUAGAAAGAAAGAAGAGCUCACAAAAAGGGCUUUGUCCUUUAUCUAUUCAUAAAAUUAUUGCUUAAAUUCGAUCCUUAUAUAAGAUGAGAUCUUAAUAUGACCCUGCCCUACCCUACCUAAUACAUUUUGCUUUUUCCAAUCUCGAGUAAGCCUUCCAAAGAGACGCUCUAGCUAACUGAGCUGUUACCUGAACUUGAUUCUGCGCUCGGUAUCCAAUGACAAGCGAUGUGAAUAUCUCGAGGCGUCCGGGUCUCGAGCCUAUAUGGACUAAUAAUAGCUUCCGCAACGUUGUCGUUAACGACAUGCCUAAGACCAUCCUUCGGCCAACUCCCAUCAGUGUGGGUUUGCCUCACUCGCCAAUAUCUCCCAAGAGCCUCCCAAGUCUUCCAAGCCCUAAUCCAGUCCAUCCCGCCACUUAUGAUGGAUCGAUGAGAAGGCAGGAUCGGGCGUUAGUCAACAGCCUUGACCAGAGAGCGGUGCCGUCCCUAAGCUCGGCAGCUCUGACUCCCAUCGACGAGUUCUCGCCGUCACCAUUGGUCGCAAGGCUCGAAAAGAUCAGCAUCCUACCGCCGAUGAGCAUUGCCAACGGCGUACUUACACCAGCUUCCUCAGAUGCCUCGUCUCGGAGAGAAAGUCUGUUGUCAUUAGAUGAGUCGACAUCAGUAACCACGCAUGAUGCUCCCUCAGGAUAUCAAGUUAGAAGUCCUAGCCACUAUAAUGCAGACCACCCCGCGUCGCCGGGUUCUCCGCGAAGAGAUAAAGCAUUAAGACUCCGGGAACAACUCCGGGUUUGGGGCCCCGUCUAUUUCGGCAACUCAAAGAUGGCCGACGCCUUUAUUAUCGCUAGAUCUCUGCGCCAACAUAACUGUAGCUCCCCGACGAGCCCGGCCUUCGUAAAAUUACCAGCGGGUGCACCGCCAAAUAAGCGACUUACAGUUCGCGCCAUAGUCCGGCCCCAAUCUCAAGAUAGGCCAGCAUUCCUGAUUCAGCGCAACUUCGAUAUCGAUGAGCUCCGGGCUACCAUCCCCGAUCCACCUCCACACAUACAAGUAAACAGCGGCCCGGACGGACAACGCUCCCCGAGUCAGAGCAGUGCCCCGGUCCCCAUACAGUCCAGCCGUAGACGAUCAAGUACCGUGCGGUCAGGCACUCUACUGCGCUCCGACGCAAACACCUUGGACCUCGAGAGCUUGAUAAGAGACGCGAGGGCUAUACCAAUGCACUUGCCGUAUGCUCGAGCAUACUUACCUGUCGUGGCGGCGCUACUAACCUCCGGCCACAUCCGCGAGGGUGAUGUCGUAUAUCUACCUAUGCCUCAUGCCGAAGCGUGGCCUCAGACGGUACGAUAUGUGUAUACAGGGCAGGGCGAGCUAACGGAGACAGUCCGGGAGAACAUAUUGUAUUUAGCUGGAAAGGUAUGAUUAUGCCAAUAUUUGUUUUAUUUAGAUAGGUAGCUAGUAGUUCCAGCUUCGGCUUCGGCUCCGGCUCCGAGGGGGGAGAUCGUGGCAAAGAGACAGUAAUCCAUCCGUAUGUAGAUAUGUGUUGGGUCGGACGCUUCGUACAUGAUAUGGAUGGGAAUAACGAGGAUACGAAUGGACGUGGUGUUUGGAAAAUGGGCGGUAUAAUCUAUCUCUAGCGGAUGGCAUUUCUCCUAGGCGCCAUCUCUUAAUACCUAAAAUUUAAUUAAUACUCGACUGGCAAACAA